AUGAAAGUAAAUUCCUUGAAUAAUCGAUUUUUACCAUUUGAUUUCAUCAAUACUGACGCAGUAAUAAGCGCUGAUGAUGAUUUUGGAUCGAGAGAUGGCAUCAUUGACACGACUUUUGAUGUGUGGAAGAGUAAUCACAACAGUCUGGUCGGAAUGUUCUCACGGUACGCUGGUCGUGAUUUGGAAACAAAUUUGAGUACGUAUGAGAAUCCAAGCCAAAAGUUUCGUUUCAAAUACAAUUUGGUGCUUACUGGUGGUGCAAUGUUUCAUAAAGUAAGUUAGGGUAGAAUUGGGGUAAGGCCAGUGUUUUGCCGGACCCGCCUGGCCCGAACAUGCCAAAGUAGAAGAUUUGGGCCGGACCGAGGCUCUAGGCUCUGGGCUCUGGGCUCUAGGCUCUAGGCUCUAGGCUCUAGGCUCUAGGCUCUAGGCUCUAAGCUCUAGGCUCUAGACUAGAGCUAAGGCUACUAAUAGCAACUGAUCAAUAACAAAACUUUUCAGAAAUUUCUCUUUGCCUACACAUUCACAAUGGAUCAACGAAUCGGUGACCACACCCACAAAAUGUUCAAUUGUGAAGACAUAGCCAUGAAUUUCUUGGCAGCUCACUUGUACCCUGAAGCUGGUCCUAUUAAAACAUCAGAUAUCUUUAACUUGAUCGGAAAAUAUCGAAAAACUGGCAGUUUGAGUUUACGCGGUAAUAAGCAUUAUACUGACCGUGCCAAGUGUAUUGAUAUGUUUAUCUCAAUAUAUAAGUAUAACCCGCUGAUUACGAGGAGUUGGCGAGCUGUCGGCUCUGAUUUUUUAAAAAAUAAUAAACUUCAAAGUCGGAAUAAAUAAUUUUAAAUUUUUGAUUUUUUACUAUUUUUAUUUAGCCUUUGUUUGUUAAAGUAAUCAAAAAAACGCAACUUCAUAUUUGUAGACUUCAAGGGAAGUAUCCUACCUGCCCCGCUCAGAAUCAGCUCAAAAUUUUUAUAUGAAUUCUUUGUACUACCUAUAGUACCCAUAAAAAAUUUUAGCUUGCGCUUUUAAGUUUAAAAUUAAAAUUAUUUGGGUUUCCUGCCAACUUUAGCUAACUCUUUUUUUGUAUAUUUUAAUUUUUUUUUAAUUUUUAUUUAGAUUUUCAUAAAAAAAUUUUAAAUUUUGAACUUUUGAAACCAUUUUUCAAUUUUUUUAAAAAAAUUGUCAUAAUUAAAAAUUUGCGAAUUACCGAACGGUCGUUGGAAAUGUGUUUAAAGUUGUCGUUGGUGAUUUUGUUUUCGAUACUAUUUGUAGCUGUGCAAGGUGGAGCGUUGAAGCCACAUAAGAACAGUUUGGCUCAAGAUGUCGAACAUAGAUAUUGGAGUGACGAACCGUAUGAUUAUAAGAAAUGUGAUGUAAGUUAAGAUUUUUCUGACUUGUAAAGAAAGUUUUUGCCAUUUUUUGUUUUGUAAAGAAAGUUCUUGCCAUUUUGUGCUUUGUAAAGAAAGUUCUUGGCAUUUUGUGUUUUGUAAAGAAUAUUCUUGCCGUUUGUUAGUUUGUAAAGAAAGUUUUGUUUCCAGAUCUACGUUAACCACACCAACGCCUUCAUUGUCUUCAACCGCAUCUGUGAAUACUGCCACGGCUUCCGCGACCACGAGAACCCCAAUUACCACUAUCAAUGUCUCGAGUUCUGUUUCUACAACGCACGAUUCGACGAGUGCUGGAAGGCGACGGUGGCUAGCGGCUGGGAUUGUGUUCGCGACGAACGUAUAGCCGGCUGCAUUAGACGGCAUGGCUACAGAGGGCUUGACCGAUUGGUGGCUGAUGAAGACGAAGUGACAACGAAAGAGAUUGAGGAGUAUAAUGAUGUCAGGAAGCCUAACGACACCUUUUUUGAUAAGCCUAAAAAGGAUGUGAAGAAAGCAGAGUUGAAGGCAGACCAAAAAGAAGAGAAAGUAGAGUUGAAGGCAGACCAAAAAAAAGAGAAAGAAGAGUUGAAGUCAGACCAAAAAGAAGAGAAAGAAGAAUUGAAGUCAGGCAAAAAAGAAGAGAAAGAAGAAUUGAAGUCAGAGCAAAAAGGAAACGAUUAUGAAUAA